AUGAGUAUUCUGGCGCAAGCGAAGCUGGUCGGAUCAGUUCUGAUCAUUGCCGCGACAUCAUUCUGUCUCGGUAUCCUGUUCUCCAACUGGAGUGCGGAUCAUAGUGUUUUAUGGGUAUCUGAGCUCACUGAACAAGCUGUCGAGGCAGCGGAGACACACUACCUCCUUCUCGCCCACUGUCCCCGCGUAAUGCAAGUCGUCCUCCACUCCAUCAUCGUCUGGGGCUUCAUCGGCCAUGUCCUAAAACUCUACCGCGCGACAACCUCCAACUACCUCUUCGACGGCGCCUCCCUCAUCCUCUACCUCGUCGCAUUCCUCAUUUACGGACACGGUACAAUCACAGGCAUCAUCGGUGUUCGUGACCGUGUGUAUGGAGAUCUGAGCAAGGAGGAUCAUUUGAGGGUUGUUGCGGCUGGUCAUUGUAUUUUGGCGGUUGUGUUGAGUGGGGUUUUGGUGUUGCAGGUUGGGCAGUGGUGGGCGGAGAAGGCGGAGGAGGAGGAAGUUAGGGAGAUUGAGGAGAAGGAGAGGUUGGCGAGUCAGAAGUUGAAUGAGGGAAAGGUUGAGGAGGUGUUGAAGGAGGGCAAGAAGGAGGCUGCCGGUAAGAGCACUGCGAAGGCAUCGCCGAAAAGUGCGAGGAAGAGGGCUUAG